UCUCUUUCUUCAACAAUAAUCCAAAAUUCCUAAAUUCCACAUACAUACAUCCAUACAUAUAUAUAUUCUUAUCAUUAGCAAACCCUAAAAUUUCACAUCCUAAUUCAAUCCUUUGACUUUUUUUUCCCUUCUUAUCCCACUUCAUUUUUCUUGUAUCAAUUCGUACAUAUAAUUCUUUUGUAAAAUUUUAAUUAUAGAUAUAAAUAUAUAGAUAUAGAUAUAUAGAGAUAUAACAAAUAUUGAUUGAUUGAUGGAAAGUGGCACAACAAAUUCAGCAUCAUCACCAGCAGUAAGUCCUUCAACGACGUCGUUUCCGGUAUUACGUUUUUUACAAGCUCCUGUUACUACUAUAUUCGAAUAUUCCGGCGUUUUUAGACCUUCUAAUAAUAAUAAUAACAGUAGUCACGAAACCGAUACCCUAAUUUCGCGUAAUCAUAGUUAUAAUCAUAGCUUAAAUGAUUUAAUUACUACAUCUGUUGUUAGUAAUAGUAAUAGUAAUGAUAGUGAUAGUAGUAAUAAUGAAGGCGAGGUUUCGAUUCGGAUAAUGGGAGAAGGAGAGGGGGAAAGUGGAGAAUCCGGUAAUGUAGACGGAAACGUUGAGAAUAACGAGGAUGUGGGGGGUAAUAAUGAUAGUAAUGGAGGGGAUUCUUCGACGAAUCAACAGAGGUAUGAUUUGCAGCAAGUUUCUAGGUGGAUUGAGCAAAUUCUUCCGUUUUCGUUGUUGUUGAUUAUCGUGUUCAUUCGUCAACACUUGCAAGGUUUCUUUGUUACAAUUUAUGUAACUGCUUUCAUGUACAAGUCAAAUGAUAUUCUUCGAAAACAGACAGCUUUAAAGGGGGAGAGAAAAUUAUCUGUUCUUGUUGGAUAUAGUAUAAUUUUUAUUCUUCAUGUGGUUGGAGUGUACUGGUGGUAUCAGAAUGAUGAUCUUAGCUACCCAUUGUUCAUGGUUCCACCAAAAACAAUACCACCAUUCUGGCAUGCUAUAUUCAUAAUAAUCGUAAAUGAUACAAUGGUCCGGCAGGCGGCAAUGACUUUAAAGUUGUUACUUCUUAUGUACUAUAAAAAUGGCAGGGGCCAUAAUUUCCGUAGACAGGGUCAAAUGCUGACUUUGGUCGAAUACGCUCUGUUGUUAUACCGUGCAUUCUUGCCUGCUCCUGUUUGGUACCGAUUCUUUUUGAACAAAGAGUACGGAAGCCUGUUUUCUUCUUUGAUAACAGGGCUAUAUCUAACUUUUAAGCUUACAUCAGUAGUGGAGAAGGUUGGAUCCUUCUAUUCUGCAUUGAAGGCUUUAUCACGAAAAGAAAUGCAUUACGGAUCAUAUGCAACACCAGAACAGGUAAGUGAAGCAGGUGACAUGUGUGCUAUAUGCCAGGAAAAGAUGCAGGCUCCAAUAUUGCUUUGCUGUAAUCACAUUUUUUGUGAAGACUGUGUUUCAGAAUGGUUUGAAAGGGAGAGAACGUGCCCCUUAUGUAGAGCUCUGGUUAGACCAGCUGAUAUACGAUCGUUCGGUGAUGGUUCAACGAGUCUUUUCUUCCGGUUGUUCUAAAGAUCCUUCCUCAACAAACAGGUCUCUCCAUGGAGUCUUCUUGGUUCAUUCUCGUUCUCGCCUCACUCUUAAAGGAAUUACAUCAAUUCUUUCGGGCAUUUUUUUUCUUUUGCUUCCCAAGUUGUACAGCCGCGCUUAUAAUGUUUCACACUCAAAAAACAUAUUCUGAUCUUAUAAUCAAUAAUACCUUAUAAAAAAAAUGGCAUAUUCUAUAUUAGGUAAUUUUGCCUUUGAA